AGGCGGAGCAGUUCUGCGGCGCGGCGUGGGCCUCCGGACGGGCGUGGGCACCGUGCUUUCAGGCACGCUUCGGCGGAAGCGGGGGCCAAUGGCGUCUUCGGCGCGAGUGAAUGAGGAGUUCCAUCGGGCAAGACUUCGCACAUCGAAGGAGGGGCUUCGGACCAGCUUGUCAAAGUUGCAGCACGAUGUCGAGAUGCUCUCCUACUUGGAGUCGUUCAACAUCACUGUGGAGGGCUUGCCGCUUCUACGAGCUCUUCAUGACUUGGCGGCCAAACGCUACCAGGGCCGGCCGUCACAGGCCUUUGAGAUUCGCCUGCCACUGAAGGAUUGGCGCCGUAGCCAAUUGCUGGAGCUGCAGAGCGGGCGGCGUUCGCCAUCAGGUGCUGCUGAACCGCGCGGACCGCACAUGCUGGCGACGCCUUGGCGCUUGCAGACCGACGUAGCGAUGCUGGAGCGGCGAUUGGCAGAACAGGGGCAUGUGGUGGUGGAGGAGGUGCUUUCCAGGACUGCGCUGGACUUCGUCAAACGAGAGCUGCAGGAACGCAUCAUGUUCCACGUGCCUCCCCGCGACGGGAGAGGCUUCCUUGUGGCCACGCUGGAGAGGGGUCUGGCGAGCGACUGGCUGCAACGCCUGGUGAACGAGCUUCGGGAGGCUUUGCCCAACACGCUGGGCGUGUUCUGCCAUGCCUUGGCCGCCAAAGCCGCGGUCGCGGGCAGCUCUGCCGUUCCAGCAGUUCUGCCCUGGACGCGGCAAGACGGGGGUGGUGGACCAGGGGUGUCUUUGUUGCUUUGGGUGGCACCGGCCUCCACCAGCGGGGCACCGGCACUCCGAUUCUCCGGUGGAGAAGUUGUGAGCUCUGCGCCCAACCGCGGCAUCGUGUGGCACGAGAGGACGAUGCCCAGGCCGCUGUGGCUGGAGGAGUCCUUGCCGAGCUACGCGCACCGCAGAAUCCAUUUGCUGCUCCGCUUCAAACGAGCGGACGCCGCUGGAAACGAACGAGCGCGGACGGACCGCGGCUGGGUCACGAUGCAAAACUAUGUACUGGUACUGGAUGAUGUGCCCACCAGUUUCUUUGCCCGAAGCUUACCGCCUUGCAGAAGGCUGGACCACUACGCCGCCACCAAGAUCGGCAUCAACGGCUUUGGGCGCAUUGGGCGCAUGGUCUUCCAGGCCAUUUGCGACCAGAACCUCCUGGGCACCAAGUUGGAUGUGGUUGGUGUCGUGGAUAUGUCCACCGAUGCUGAAUACUUCGCGCAGCUCAGAUCGUAUGACACCGUGCACGGCAAGUUCAAGCACGACGUGAAGAUUGGUGAGAAGGAUGAGCUCAUCGUGAAUGGAAACAAGAUCAAGUGCAUCCAAGCCUCUCGCGAGGGUCCCAAGGCACUGCCCUGGAAGGAGCUGGGCGUGGAGUAUGUCAUUGAGUCCACUGGUCUCUUCGUUGAGGCUGACAAGGCCAAGGGCCACAUCGAGGCAGGUGCCAAGAAGGUGAUCAUCUCCGCUCCCGGCAAGGGCGAUCUGAAGACCUUGGUGUGCGGAGUGAACCACACGGAGUACGACAAGGCCAAGCACGACGUGGUCUCCAACGCCUCCUGCACCACCAAUUGCUUGGCGCCCGUGGUGCAUGUGCUCCUCAAGGAGGGCAUUGGCAUUGAGAAGGGUUUGAUGACCACCAUCCACUCCUACACUGCCACUCAGAAGACUGUGGAUGGAGUCUCUGCCAAGGACUGGCGUGGUGGCCGUGCCGCCGCGUGCAACAUCAUUCCCAGCGCCACCGGGGCGGCCAAGGCCGUCGGCGAGGUGCUGCCAAGCACCAAGGGCAAGUUGACCGGCAUGGCCUUCCGCGUGCCCACCCCCGAUGUAAGCGUGGUGGACUUGACCUUCACGGCAGAGAAGGACACUUCCAUUGAGGAGAUUGAUGCCUUGAUGAAGAAGGCCACCGAUUCUUACAUGAAGGGCGUCCUCUCCUACACCGAUGAGGAGUUGGUCUCCGCUGACUUCAUCCACAACGUGAACUCCUCCAUCUACGACUCCAAGGCCACGUUGCAGAACAACCUCAAGGGCGAGAAGCGCUUCUUCAAGAUCGUGUCUUGGUAUGACAACGAGUGGGGCUACAGCAGCUGGGCUGCACAUGGGGAGAAAACGGGAAUGGCGACUGAGACGGGCAUUGAGCAAGUUGACUGGGAGUUGGGAGUCCUGAAAUUUGCGACGGAUUUCACCCGCGAGGCGUGGUGCGCGGACUCGAGGAUGUUGGAUCCCUUCGAAGAGGCCUCCGCCCAGGCGAUGGAGGGCUGGGACCCCUUCGAGGAUCCCGAGAUGCUGGAGCUCACCGGCGAGCUGGCGAUGCAGUCCGAAGAUGUGGAAGGCUUGGAGGCAUGGCUGGCGCAUGCGAAGGCUGUGAAGCUCCCGCAGGAACAGCUUCAGCCCAAGGAGGAGAGGCUGCUCGAGCUCCGUACUCAACAGGAGUCCAGGGAGGAAAAGCAGGCCAAGCAGCAGGCUGAGGCAGAGGAGCGGAAACGAGCUCGGGAGGUGAGGCACGAGGUGGAGAACCUUGAGGCACGGCCGCUUUUGCGCUGGCACGGUUUGCACUUCGGUUUUGGCACUCCAAGCUUCGGCUUCGGCCAAGCUGCGCCGCAAGAGGCCGCGAGCUGCACCGCACGUGUGCUGAUCGACGAUGUGCGACUGACGGGCGUUGGAUGGUCUGUGACCAUGCCGUUUCCAUAUGCUUGGGUUAAGCUGAACCAGUCCGGCGAUGCCGAACGAACGGUCACGCCCCGUGCGGGCCACACGUUGACGCCCAUCCGGAACGCCUAUGUGGAGGGCUUUUUCUUGUUUGGUGGUAUGGAUGGAAGAAGGAACGACCAAGGAAACCCAGCGCCCAACAGCGAUUUGUUCGUCUUGAAGCUUGGGGCUCGGGGCGAAUGUAAGUGGUCUCCCAUUGAGCUGGAUGCAGCAUCUCAAGUUCCCCCAGCGAGAACGUUGCAUUCCGCACUGGCGACCAGCGCUGAUGAGAUCUUCAUUUGGGGAGGCAUUCACUCAGCGAUGCCCUUCCAGACGUUGCAGGAUGGAUGGAUCCUGGACACGUCUUGCAUGGAAUGGAAGAAGGUGCAUUUCAAGGCGGCGCCCACGGGGAAUCGUGGCUCCGCCUCGCGGAGAAUGUCGGGACUCAUCCAGGACCGAUCGGCCGACGAGACCGGGCGCAAGAAGAGCUCCUCCUUGAGUUUACGGGGCUCCAAAGCACGUGCUUCUAUGAGCGACAGGGCUGGCAGCAUCUCCUUCUCCUCUCUGGCGGGGGCUGCCACCCGAGCUGUGGCAGACCGACGUGGCUCAAGUCGUUUCCUGGCAGAAGGAAAGGUGGGAUCCAGCUGA